AUGGCUCGGUUGUCCUCUUUGUUCUCGGCGGCUGCGGCUUGCCUCCUCCAGGCCGUUGCAGCUCAAGACCCUACAGCACAGGCCCUCAACGGCACGUAUCGAGGCCUUCAUCUUGCUGAAUGGGGCCAGGAUGCCUUCCUCGGUAUCCCUUUUGCGCAGCCUCCAGUCGGACAGCUCCGGUAUAAGUGGCCCCAAAGCCUCAACUCUUCCUUUGACGGGUCGAAAGAUGCCACGGAGCAGGGGUACAGUUGUAUGCAAUUCAGAGGAACUUUCAACAUGUCUGAGGACUGCUUGACCCUUAACGUUGUUCGUCCGGCUGGAAAGCCCGAGAAACCGCUCCCGGUUCUCGUGUGGAUCUUUGGUGGUGGGCUAUACACUGGCUCAAUUGCCGACCCCCAAUACAACCUCUCUGGCAUUGUCAAAGUCAGCCAGGAAAUGGGCCAGCCCAUCAUCAGCGUCGCCAUGAACUACCGCCUAAACAUGUACGGCUUCCUGCAAACGCCUCAAAUUCUGGCCGAAGGCUCCAGCAACGCGGGACUGCUUGACCAGAGGUUGGCGCUCCGGUGGAUCCAGGAGAACAUCGCGGCCUUUGGUGGAGACCCGGAUCGGGUGACGGUCUGGGGCGAGAGCGCCGGGGCCCAGAGCAUCGCGUACCACCUCUUUAGCUACGACGGCCGGGACGACGGUCUCUACCGCGCCGCCAUCCUAGAGAGCGGCGGGCCGACGGGAGCCCAGGUGCAGAACUUGGCCUAUUACAACGCUCCCGUCGAGAACCUGACGCGCACCGUCGGCUGCUGGACCGCCAAAGACCAACUGGCUUGCCUCCGGGGCCUGAGCCAGACGCAACUCUUUGCAGGAAACCCCAGUCAGGUGUGGAACCCAAUGAUAGACGGGGACUUCCUCACGGGCUACCCGAGCCAGCUGAUACGGGAGGGCAAGUUCGUCAAGGUGCCCCUCCUGACGGGUGCCAACAGCGACGAGGGCAUCAACUUCAACCCGAGCAGCCCCAAGCCAAACACCGAGUCGGACCUCUUUAACGGCUUCACCUGGUGGCGCUCCUACGCCCUCUCGCCGCCGACGAUCCGGAGGCUCUUUGCGCUGUACCCCAACGACCCCUGCACCCAGCCGCCGCUCUCCAUCACAAACUGCUCCGUGUACCCGGAGUACGGCCUGCAGUGGCGGCGGGGCGCCUCCAUCGGCGGCGACCUGGUCAUGAUCUCGGGCCGCCGCAAGAUGUGCGAGCUCUACGCCGCCUCCCAGCCCGUCUAUAGCUACCGCUUCGACCAGCUGCUCUGGAACCGCAAGCAGAUCGAGGGUGUGCGGCACUUUGACAAUGUCGCCUACAGCUUUCAGAAUAUCUCUGGCCUGCUCGGGCCGUCGCCGCAGUACGAUAGCCACGUGCGCUUCGCCCGCGCCAUCGGGGAGGCCUACGUGCGGUUCGUCUACGAGUCGGACCCCAACCCAAAGGCUGGCAGCAAUGGGACGUUUACGAAUGGCACACCCCUGUUGCCGUGUUGGCCCAAGUAUGAUUUGAGCGUUCCCAAGAACCUGGUGUUGAAUGCGUCUAGGAGCUAUGUGGAGGAUGACACGUGGAGGAAGGAGGGCAUAGAUUUCAUCAACACCUACGAGGUUGCGAGGGAACUUCUUGCCUGA